AUGACAACAUGUGAGAGGCAGCAGCUGUUCCGUGGCAACGUUUCUGCUUUGGCUGGUAAAAUUCUCUCAGUGGUUUUGUCAACUUGUCGCUGGGGCAGAAACAUGACCGAGGUGGCGCAGGUUAUGGCUAUAGAAGCCCAUGACGUGGAGGAUGUCACGGAUAUGAAUGAACACGGCAUGAGCAGUGAAAGGGACAAAGAGGAUGAAGUGACACACAAAGAAGACGAUGAAGUGACACACAAAGAAGACGAUGUGACACAAGAAGAAGACGAUGCCGCGCAUGAAGAAGACGAUGCACAGCAUGAAGAAGACGAUGCACCGGUCGGCAACGCGGAGGAGAACAGAGCGAUGACACCGCAGAGAGAGGAUUCCAAAUCCCCCCAUGUGGCUGACGACACAGGCCAUGAGACUGAGAAGGCCCACAUUAACGGUUUGGACGAGCAAAACGGUCCAGAUACUGAGAAAAACGAGAGAUCAGAGGCUGUAAACGGCGUCACAGAAAAGGAGGAAGAUCCACAGCCGGAAACCAACGACAGCCUCUCUGACGUGAAGCUUAAGAAAGAGGUGAAGCUGAAACCUGAGGUGUCGGCCAUGUUUAAAUGGUCUGUCUUGAAGCUCCUCCGAUCCAGAAAGCCGGUGGCCAGAAGCUACGUGCCGAAGCAGAACAAGGGGGAUGUGACCAACAAGUUUGAGGCCAUGCAGAAGGCCCGAGAGGAGCGCAGCCGGCAGAGGAACUCUGAUGAGCAGCAGAAAAGGAAGCAGCAGUACAUCAAAGAGAGGGAGUGGAGUCGCAGGAAGCAGCAGAUAAAAGAGCUACUUGCAUCCAGCGAUGAGGAAGAGGAGGUGAAGCCGGCAAAGGUGGAAAAGUCCUACGUCCCCAAAAUUAAAGGUAGCGUGAAGGGGAAGUUUGCAGAAAUGGAGAAGCAAAGACAGGAGGAGGAAAGGAAGAGAAUGGAAGAGGAGAGAAAGAAGAGGGAGGCCCAGGACAACUUGGAGAAAGCCAAAAUCAAGAAAGAAUUGGCACAGAAAGCUGCUGAGGAGGGCGAUGACACAAUCCUGGUCCGUGUGGUUCCAGCGAAACCGUCCCGACCUCCAGGCAGAAUCAAGAUGAACUUUGAGGACAUGGAGAAGAACCGCGAGGAAGAGCUACAAAAGAGGGCGGAGGAAGAGAAGAAGAGACGAUACGAUGAGAACAGACGCUCCUUCAGGGAGGCCAAGAGGCGCUCUGUUGUUCAAGAGGAUGACGACGAGGAGAAGUCUUCGGAGAAGGUGUCAGUGGCUCCUGGAAAGCUGAAGAUGACAUUUGAGGAGCUGGAGAAAGAACGGCAGGAGCAGCGGAAGAAGCACGCAGAGGAGGGGGCAAAACGGCGCCUGCUAGAGGAGAAGAAGGCUUUUGAGCAGGCCAGGCUGGGAUUGGGAGAAGAUGAGGAGGGCUCUGAGGCUUUUCAGGACGACAAAGAGGAGUUCCGUCCUGGGAAACUCAGACUGAGCUUUGAGGAGGUAGAAAGGCAAAGGGUGGAGGAGGAACGCAAAAAAGCAGAGGAGGAGGUCAAAAGACGAAUGGAGGAGGAGAGAAGAGCUUUUGCCGAAGCCAGGAAAAGCAUGCUUGUAGAUGAGGAUGAUGAGGUGCUGAUGGCCUUGCUGAACCUGGAGGGCAGCAAACCUGGGAAGAUAUGUGCCAGUUUUGAGGAUCUGGAACGGCAGAGACGAGAGGAGGAGCAGAAGAAAGCUGAGGAGGAGGCCAAGAGGAGACUGGAGGAGGAGAAGAGGCUCUUUGCUGAAGCCCGCAAGAGCAUGAUGCUGGAUGAGGAUGCAGGAAUGGUGAAGAGUGAAUCUCAGGAAGCUCUGCACCCAAGAAAACUGGAGAUGAACUUUGAGGAGCUCCUUAAAGAGAAAGAGGAAGCCGAGAGGAGACGCAAGGCAGAGGAGCGCAAAAAGAAAAUGGAGCAAGAGAAGCAGGAAUUCGAACAACUCAGACAAGAGAUGGGCGAGGAUGUGAUCAAUGAAAGCUCCGAUGUUGUGAGCAAAGAAUACGAAGAGCUCACAAAGCUCAAGAGAACCGGAUCCAUUCAGGCCAAAAAUCUCAAGUCCAAGUUUGAGAAGAUCAAGCAGCUGACUGAGGAGGAGAUUCAGAAAAAGAUUGAGAUGGAGCGGGAGCGUAGGAAGGCCGUUGAUGAUGAAAUCAAACAGAGAGAAGCUGAGAGGUUCCAGGAGGAUGAAGAAGGAGAAACAACUCCAGCCAGGUACGAGGAGUCCCCCUUCAAGCAGAAGGUGGACAUGAAAGCCCGAUUUGAACAAAUGGCAAAAGCCAGAGAGGAAGAGGAGCGGAGGAGGAUAGAGGAGCAGAAGUUGCAGAGAAUGCAGUUUGAACAGCAGGAGAUCGACGCUGCCCUUCAAAAAAAGAAGGAGGAUGAUGUUGAGGAGGAGGGAAGCAUCAUCAAUGGCUCGGCCGCUUAUGAAGAUGAGGAAGAUCAUGCCAGGUCAGGGGCUCCAUGGUUCAAAAAGCCCCUCAAAAAUCAGUCAGUGGUUGAUUCCGAGCCAGUUAGGUUUACCGUCAAGAUCACCGGGGAGCCGAAGCCUGAGGUAACCUGGUGGUUCGAGGGGGAGAUGCUGCAAGACUGUGAGGACUAUCAGUACAUAGAAAGAGGAGAGACAUACUGCCUCUACUUGCCCGAGACCUUCCCCGAGGACGAGGGGGAGUACAUGUGCAAGGCUGUGAACAGCAGAGGCACGGCAGCGAGCACCUGCAUCCUCACAAUAGAAAAUAGACUCCUUGCCAUCAUGGUUGCAUCAGUCGAGGAGGUUUCUUCGUCCCUUGUUCGAGAAUAUCUGAGCCGAAAGGGGCUGAAGAAAACUAUCGCGUGUAUGGAUGAGGAGCAUCCACGCACAGAGGCCAGUAUCAACAACAGAUCACAGCUGAGGCAGAUCCUCAACAUAGACGACCUCUACAAAAAGAACAAGGUUCAAAAUUUGCCAUUGAAAACCUUACUGGAGAUUAUUGUGAAACACCACAUCGAGCAGUUUAAGGAUGUCAAGAUCACCAGAAGUGAAAGUGAGUCUCAGCAAAGCGUGCAGGCAAUCACCCCAUCGCCUGAUUCUCCUGCAGUAGCAUGGCCGGAAUCAAAUAGAAAAAAGCAAGGUGGAAGGGUUGAGGUGUCCCAGCUUCCGCUCAGAAAAGAAGAGGAGGACAAGCAGACUCUGGAGGGACUUUUGUCAACAGGCAUGAAAGCCUCAGAACGCGUCAGCUCAUCCAGGCGUUUCGGGUGGAGUCAGGAUUCACCAAAUGGACCAAAGAGAACGGAUGAAAGCAGAGAAGGAACCGCAGGACAAAACGCACCGAAAACGAGAAAAUCCAUGUCGGGGCCAAAUGUGUCUGAGCUGGAUGUUUCGGAGAUGGUGUUGGAUGACGUGGAUGACAAUGAAGUGCAGGAGUUUAGCAGAGUGGCUCCUCAGAGGGCUGCUGCGGGGCUCCAGCCAGCAGGCCGCCCGAUGGACCAGCACACCGCCGCGGAACUGAAGGCAGUUCUCCUCGGCUCCUGCCAAAGUUGUUUCAGUUUUGAAUGGAGGCAGCAGGGUUUCACAUUCUCAGACGCACACGACCUCAGAUAUGGAAUCGUGCAGAGGAAGGGGGGUCCUUGUGGAGUUCUGGCAUCCAUUCAGGCCUUCGUUCUGAAGAAGCUCCUAUUUGAAAACCCCCAGAGCAGUUUUAGCACCCUUCAGAUGUUAAGACCUUCCAGUACCACCAGAAGGCAGUGUCUGGUUUCAGCCAUGGCCGAAGUCCUGUGGAGAGCUGGCGGAAAAAAGCAGGCUACAGUCGUUAUAAACUCGGGGAGAAGCCAUUUCACCCCGAGCGGACACUUCAGAUCUGAGGGCGUGCUGGAGCAGAUCAUUUGUUUCUCAGUGGACAAUAUCAAGGAUCUGCAGUUCAGUCUGGAGCGGCAUAUCGAACAGUCAGCUGUCCUGACAUAUGCCUUCUUUUAUGUCAUGUCUGUUUUCAUCCCACAGUUUGAAACCGGGAUAGUAAAAGAAGACAUGGACGUGCCAACCACCUCUCUUAUUGGCGCCCAUGGCUACUGCACUCAGGAGCUGGUCAACCUGUUGCUGUGCGGCAAAGCCACCUCUAAUGUUUUUGACAACGACAUGGAGCUGGACUCUGGCGACGGCAACACGACGCUCCUUAAGGGAAUCAAAGGCCACUCUGACGUCGGCCUGCUGUCCUUGUUUGAGCAUUAUAACAUCUGUAAGGUAGGAGCUUUCCUGAAGACUCCCUCUUACCCGAUCUGGGUGGUGUGCAGUGAGAGCCACUUCAGCGUGCUGUUUGGCCUGCAGAGGGAGCUGUUGACCAGUGAGGACAAAGCCACGGAGUUUGACCUCUACUACUAUGAUGGACUGGCCAAUCAGCAGGAGGAGAUCCGUCUGACCGAAUGCGCAGCGCUGAAAGGUCCCUUGAGAAAUUAA